ACCCUGGACUGGGGCAGAAGCCCCACGUGAGCUAAGACAAAGCGGAGCAGAGGCGAGACCUAUCUGAGCCUGGGGCGGGGCGAGGCGAGGCGAGACAAGACAGAAGCCCAGCCAACCCGAGACAGAGCCCGCGCUCAGUCGGAACUCACUGGGCCCGGACAAGCAAGGACAGGCGAGGCAGAGGUGGAGCCAGGGCAGAGGCCCGAUCUGCGUUGGGGUAGUGUUAUGACACUCACGGCCGGGGGCGGGGCCUAGGCGGGGGCGGGGCCUAGGCGGCGGUCGCGCAACUCGGGAGACGCCGGAAGUGGUGCGCGGCGGGCCGUGACGGCUGCAGUGCGACCGCCGCACCGCUAGGGGCCAGCGCGGGCUGCCGGAGGAGUUCGAGACAGAGAGAGCGAGAUACCGAUUCGUGCGGAUCGUGGACGCGGAGCAUCCCGGAGUACGGCGUCAGCAUGUUUCCAUCCCUGGGGCAUGACCAUGCAGCUAGGCCCGGCCCUGGUGCUAGGGGUGGCCCUGUGCUUGGGGUGUGGCCAGCCCCAGCUGCAGGCCCCUGAACACCCCUUCUUGGUGCUGUGGAAUGUACCCUCAGCACGCUGUAAGGCCCGCUUUGGUGUGCACCUGCCACUGGAGGCCUUGGGCAUCACAGCCAACCGUGGUCAGCAUUUCCAUGGCCAGAAUAUCACCAUCUUCUACAAGAAUCAACUCGGCCUCUAUCCCUACCUUGGGCCCAGGGGCACAGCUCACAAUGGGGGCAUCCCCCAGGCUGUGCCCCUUGACCGCCACCUGGCACAGGCUGCCAACCAGAUCCGCCACAGCCUACUACCCGGCUUCGCUGGCCUGGCAGUGCUGGACUGGGAGGAAUGGUGUCCACUCUGGGCCGGGAACUGGGGCCGCCGCCACGCCUAUCAGGCAGUCUCCUGGGCUUGGGCACAGCAGGUAUUCCCCAACCUGGACCCCCAGGAGCAGCUCUACAAGGCCCGUACUGGCUUUGAACAGGCAGCCCGUGCACUGAUGGAGGACACAUUGCGGCUAGGCCGAGCACUGCAGCCUCACGGGCUCUGGGGCUUCUAUCGCUACCCAGCCUGUGGCAAUGGCUGGCGCGGUCAGGCUUCCAAUUACACAGGCCACUGCCAUGCAGCUGCCCUGGCCCGCAACACCCAACUCUAUUGGCUCUGGGCUGCCUCCAGCGCCCUCUUCCCCAGCAUCUACCUACCACCCCGGCUACCACCUGCCCAUCACCAGGCAUUUGUCCGAUACCGCCUGGAGGAGGCUUUCCGUGUGGCCUUCACUGGACACCUACAUCCCCUGCCUGUCCUGGCCUAUGCCCGCCUCACACACCGGAGCUCUGGGAGGUUCCUGUCCCAGGAUGAACUCAUGCAGACCAUUGGUGUGAGCGCUGCACUGGGGGCAGCCGGCGUGGUGCUCUGGGGGGACCUGAGUUUCUCCAGCUCUGAGGAGGAGUGCUGGCAUCUCCAUGACUACCUAGUGGGCACCCUGGGCCCCUAUGUGAUCAACGUGACCAGGGCAGCCAUGGUCUGCAGUCACCAGCGGUGCCAUGGCCAUGGCCGUUGUGCCUGGCAAGACCCAGGACAGCUGGAAGCCUUUCUGCAUCUGCAGCCAGAUGGCAGCCCUGGAGCUUGGGAGUCCUUCAGCUGCCGCUGUUACUGGGGCUGGGCUGGCCCUACCUGCCAGGAGCCCAGGCCUGACCUUGGACCUGAAGAAGCAACAUAAAGCCAGGGGUCACCUGCCCCUGACCUCCUUGUCCCUGCUGCUAUUUUUCCAGUCCUGGGGUGGUGGCUCUGUCACACUCUUGUUCUAUUUUGCUUACAGUCAGUUCUCCUGUGCACAUAUCCCACUUCCCAUGGGAUCCCUGGGAAGAGGAAGAGGCCAGAAGAAACGUACCAGUUUAAAACCAGAGGCCCUCUGAGAUCACCUGA